UUUUUUGGUGGUCAAACGGAGCCUUGUGCUGCUGUUGCUGCUGCUGCUAUAAAACCGAAAUUAAGUUAAAAAAGCGCGUAAAGAUGACUUUUUAACCCGAUGACUUGAUCUCUUUAGACGCUCAGCACACGCAAGAUACAAUUGCUAGUUGUUUAUAGAGAAACCGUUCCGACUUUCGCGGUGCUUUUUUACAAGCGGAUUAAAGUGAGCGGCCUGCGGCGUCCAGAGAGCAGGAAAAUCCGCGGAUCAGAUUGUGGCCUUCGGUCGGUUACGAAACCGGAACAUAUUUUAAUACAUUUUAAAAGGAGGGAAAUUGAACAAAUUCUGAUGCCAAUUUGUGUUCGGGGAAACGAAGAGGAGUGAACACGUCUGAAGGAAUCUGGUGGAACUGGUGUGCCUGUGAUUGUUCAUCUUCCAUAUCUUGUUUUUCACGUUGCGAGGAUGCCCCCCACAGUGUUCUGAGCACAUUUUAGAGCCAGCAAGUUCUCCUGGAGGUUUGAGGUGUAAUACAUCUCCAAUUUCUCACCUGUGGUGGUCCUACUGAGCCGUCAAAAUUAGUUCCUCGUUGCCCCCCCACUUGUCGCAUCGCGGCCAGUCCAGCAACCCCUUCCCUCUGGAGUCACACGCCAAGCGGUCCCACUACGGCACCAAGCUGAAUCCGUACACACGGGCACGGAUGACGGAGGCAUGGCAGCAGCAUGCUGUUGCCCCGCCUCCUGUCGUCCACACCAUCCCGCCGGGGGCAGAGAACGCACUUGGAUGCGCCGUGUACGGCAUCGUGCUGCAACCAGAUGCCCUGCAGUCACAGCAGCAGCAGCAGCAACAUCACAGCCAGCAACACAGCCAACAGCACAGCCAGCAACAACAUCCGGCUCAGGCGCAGCAGCCUACAUUGCAGGUGGGGAGCGAAGGAGGCCACAAAUGUGGUGCGUGUGGCCAUGACAUCUCACAUCUGGCCAACCCGCACGAGCACCAGUGCAUGGUAAGCCAGGACCGCUCAUUCCAGUGCACACAGUGCCUGAAGAUUUUUCACCAAGCCACAGACCUCUUGGAACACCAGUGUGUGCAGGUGGAGCAGAAACCGUUUGUGUGUGGUGUGUGCAAGAUGGGCUUCUCUCUGCUCACGUCGCUGGCACAGCACCACAAUGCACACAACAGUGGGAACCCCAUGAAGUGCUCAAUCUGCGAGAAGACCUACAGGCCUGGGUCUUCAGGAAACGCCACGCCAACGUCUUCAGGCAGCAAUCCUGCUCAGCCUUCUGGUGACGGUGCAUCAGCAAGCAGCAGCGCAGCAGUUGGUGCUUCUGGACAGCCCACCUUUGAGUCCUCGGCCCCUUACAGGCCCUACAAGUGCUCUGUUUGCUCAAAGGGUUUCCGCCACCUAUCAGAACUUACACGACAUGAGCGCGUGCACACAGGCGAGAAACCAUACAAGUGCGAUACGUGCGACAAGAGCUUCAGCCAGCAGUCCCACCUGCAGCACCACCAGCACACGCACAGUUCGGUGCGAGCGUUUAAGUGUGCCGUGUGUGAAAAGAGCUUUAAGCACCGCUCACACCUGGUGCGACACAUGUAUGCACAUUCGGGAGAGCAUCUGUUUAAGUGCAACGUGUGUGAGCUGCACUUUAAAGAGUCAUCUGAGCUGCUGCACCACCAGUGUCAGCCGCAGGGCACGCGGCCAUUCCGCUGCGCCACGUGUGGCAAGGGCUUCAAGCGGCCGUCCGACCUGCGCCAACACGAGCGCACACACUCCGAGGAGCGGCCAUAUCACUGCGAUGACUGCCAAAUGAGCUUCAAGCAGCAGUAUGCUCUUGUGCGUCACCGCCGCACGCACACAGCUUCGGGAGACCGACCGUUCAAGUGCAACCUGUGUGACAAGGGCUUCCUGCAGCCCUCACACCUGCUUUACCACCAGCACGUGCACGGCAUGGACAACCUGUUCAAGUGUGCCUCAUGCGGCAAAGGUUUCAGCCAGUCGGGCGAGCUGCUACGGCACAAGUGCGGCGAGAGCUCAAGCCCGCCCAUCAACCCGGACAAGCCGUACAAGUGUGACGUCUGCGGCAAGGCCUACAAGAAAGCAUCAACGCUGCAGCGCCACCAAACCACACACUGCAACGAGAAGCCUCUGAAGUGCUCGCUGUGUGACCGUCGCUUCCUCUCGUCGUCCGAGUUCGUUCAGCACCGCUGCGACCCGUCACGUGAGAAGCCGCUCAAGUGCCCCGACUGCGAGAAGCGCUUCAAAUACUCGUCAGAGAUGAACCGUCACCGGCGCGUCCACACCGGCGAGAAGCCGUACAAAUGCGCAAGCUGUGAUAAGGGCUUCAAGCAGAGAGAGCACCUUGCCAAACACCAAGCCGUUCACUCCAGGGAUGCUCAGUUCAAGUGCGUGUGGUGCGGAGAACGCUUUGCAGAUCUCGGAUUGCUCCAGGAGCACACGGUCCAACACACUGCUGAAGGAGGCGGAUACCCAGUUUCUUCCCUUAUUCAGUGACCCUCCUGUGGCGUUCCUCUGUUUUUAGAUAGCUCCAAAUACUAAGCAAGUGGUACAUUCACUUCCUCACCUACAUGUACACGAAUUACUCCAUUGUUCCGUUGGACACCACUUCAUCUCGGACAAGCAAUAGGUGCUGAAAUUUAGAAGCAUCGUUCUCUUUCCAGCCUUGAUUCAAAGCUCCAUUUUUAUUACAAUUCAAGGGAAAAUAAUGAAGGACAAACACUUUCUAUGGCGAGCAGAGAGAGGGAGAGACGAAGAGACGUCUCACUCUGGAGUCUUUAUGCCAGUCUUUCAGUUUGGUAUUUAGUUUAAUCACUCUUUUAUCCGUCAGAGCACGAGUUUAUAUUUAAAAAAAAAAAAAAAAAAAAAAAAAAGAGGGGAAAAAAAAAGGAAAAGGGUGAAAAAAAAAAGAUAUAGUUGACAGUAGCUAGUGCGUUUUUAGAUAGUGUUUGUGUGCUUUUUAUUUUUAUUUGCAGCUACAGAUCCCUUUCUACCAAUCAAGAGUGAGUUGAUGGGAGACUGGUCAGUCCCUAGCCAUGCUCUGAAAUGAAGAAUACUGUAAAUACGUACUCGCGUCACUGUUGCAAACUGUAUUGCCUACUUUUAGACACCUUGGCUAGACGAAGCUGACCAGACGUUCCGUAACAGAUGGGGGUUAGCCUACUUUGUGCUAUUACAAUAUUAUGAACUCUUCACGCUGUCUUGUUAGUGUGUGUAUGCCCUUCAACUUGGCAGAAAUUGUAUGUACCAAAAAAGAAAAAAAAAAGGAAGUACUGUAUGAUACCCCAGAAUGGGCAUGUUGUUAACCAGGUAGUCCAUCACCGUCUCCGCAUUUCAGCGCAAUAUACAUAAAUAUAUACUAUAUAGAAAUAUAUACGUUGCUCAUUUACACAUACAGUUCAUAUUCCCACAAGUGUGACUGUCCUGAAGCAGCUUUGUGUUACUGUAAGUACAUAGGAUAGUAUGUAUACGUCACGUUUUCUAGUCCUGUCUUUAGUCUUUCUUAAAAACUUUUAUAGAUUUUUUUUAUUAUUAUUAUAUGGAGCUCUCUCAAAUUGUCCAUUAAUCUUUUUUCUUUUUUUUUUUUUUUUAUUUGCUUGGUAGAUUUCUAGGCAUUUGUUUAUGAAGAUGAUGAUGAUAGUGGUGAUGGUGUCAUACGCGAGUAGUUUUGUGCACCUUGAUGAUUCGUGUUCGUUCCCUCACAGACGAGGAUUCGGGGUUUUUUUUUUUUCCCUCCUUCUUUUUCUUUUUCUUUUUUUCCCCCUCAUUCAGAACCAGCUUUGAGAAUAGGUCAAUGUCACAACCUCCCUUAACGUCAACCAGACUUUGACUAUGACUCUGUACAGUAGCAUGAGCGAGAUUUCUACAGCCUGUAUAGAUUUAUUAUAUUUCCUGUUGACUUGCCUGCGUUUAUACUGUAAAAUGACGCCCGCGCGUGUGCCGUCUUUCGUUUUUUUUUUUAGUAUGAGAACAAUUUCCUUUCGCUCUGUGAUGUGAGAUGAGUGAAGGUCGAUGCCCUCUCAUCCAUUCUAUGUUGUUUAGUGUCCUUAAUUUGCCGACAGUCAACAAGUCAUCAUUUUUGCACCCUAGACCUUGAGCGAAUGUGGACGCCAGUGCAGAAUAAACGUACGCAAAUCUCUACAUCUCCUACUUUUGAACUCCAAGGUGGAGGUGGUAGUUUUGCACAAGCGAGGUUGUGUGGCACUCUUUUUGUUUUUUUUUUAAUCUCCAUUUUUACGUGGCUGUGAUUGACGAGCAGGCCUCUGAGGGCCGUGCAGUAUUAUAAUUAACACCUGCCAUGUGGAAGUCGGAGCUCUAGCUACAUUUGGCCUUAAAAGCAUGAGCGAUUCAGGGUGUAUCCAUAGCCUCCAUGUUUAUAUUGUGGUUUUCAUUUUUAUAUAUAUAUAUAUAUUUUACAUAUACACUCUUAAUUAAACAUGUUUUUCAAGGUGUUUUUUUCCCCCAGGCAUUAAAAGUUUGACUCAACAGGCGGUCGGGAUUCAAGAAAAAAAAAGCCUUUUUUUUUUUGUUUGUUUUCACAUUUCCAUUGUGGUUUUUUUUUUUUUUUUUUGUUAUUAAUAUUGUUUAAAAUUUCUAUAUAAAUAUAUAUACUUGGUAGGAGGGUCGGGGCCACAAAGGAAGGGAUGCUGGGUAAUAAGGACGAUGGGGACAUUCUGGCUGGAGGUGAGGGGUUUUUGAGCGUCUGUGGUCCUGCACUCUGCCUCGUGCAUGCCUGCUGUGUUAGUUCCUGUAAUCUGUUUUAAAAAUGUUUGUGCUCCACAGCACACUUUAACUCCUCUUUAGCUUUUUCAAAUUGUAGACUGUGGAUGAGUUAGUAAGAAAAAUUUCAUGUGGAGAUGGAUGUGACAUUUAUGCUAAAUAUCUGUAUGUAGCAUUUAAUAUACACAGCACUAACUAAUAAACUUUCUCAUUAAUAAUG